GAAGGCCGGGCUGUCUGCGGAGCUCGCUGGUCCGAGUGUCCCGCAUCGGGUUGCGCGCGGGUCCGGAGCGGCGGCGGCGGCGGCCAGCGCAGGCUUGGCGCGCCCAGUUCCCGUGUGCGUGUGGGGCUCCCGCGGCUGAGCCUGGUCGCUCCGCGUAGCGCCAUGUCCAAGCCACCUCCCAAACCGGUCAAACCAGGGCAAGUUAAAGUCUUCAGAGCUCUAUAUACAUUUGAACCCAGAACUCCAGAUGAAUUAUACUUUGAAGAAGGAGAUAUUAUCUACAUCACUGACAUGAGUGAUACCAGCUGGUGGAAAGGAACUUGCAAAGGCAGAACAGGACUGAUCCCAAGCAACUAUGUGGCUGAGCAGGCAGAGUCCAUUGACAAUCCAUUGCAUGAGGCUGCAAAAAGAGGCAACUUGAGCUGGUUGAGGGAGUGCUUGGACAACCGAGUGGGUGUGAACGGUCUGGACAAAGCUGGAAGCACUGCCCUGUACUGGGCAUGCCACGGUGGCCACAAAGACAUAGUGGAGGUUCUGUUUACUCAGCCGAAUGUGGAGCUGAACCAGCAGAAUAAGCUGGGAGACACAGCUCUGCACGCAGCUGCCUGGAAGGGUUAUGCAGACAUUGUCCAGUUGCUACUGGCAAAAGGUGCAAGGACAGACUUGAGAAACAACGAGAAGAAGCUGGCCUUGGACAUGGCCACCAACGCUGCCUGUGCAUCGCUCUUGAAAAAGCAGCAGCAGGGAACAGAUGGGGCUCGAACACUGAGCAAUGCUGAGGACUACCUGGAUGACGAAGACUCAGACUGAUUCCGCCUCGACCCGCUUUGAUUGUUGCCUAAACUUCUUUUGCUUUUGCCAUUCCAGAACCUGGGUUGUUUGCCAGAAGAGUAUUGAUAACUGUUCCUUUUAAAGUCUGUAUGAGCACAACACUGUUGCACUGUGAUCUGUGAUGAGUCGGGGUGAGUGUGGGUCAUUCUCACCUGCAGCUUGCCAAUAAGUAAAGAGAUACUUUGUUGUAUAAAAUACAUAUAUGCUCACCAGGGUAAAAUAAACAAAAAAAAAGAUUAUUUCUAUUUAUCAAGCAAAAGGAAUUUUAAUAAUUUUUUCUUUUAAAAAAUCAUUUUUUUAAGUUCUUUACCUCAAGGAAUGAGAUGUUUUGAGUGGGUUUUUCAAGGGGGAAAUGCUUAUUAUAACAAUAGACCAAAACUCUCAACAGAAAAUUGUCAGCUAUUCUGACAAAAAUAAACAUUUAAAG